AUGAUCGUUAGAAAGUUGGACAGAAACGUGCAGCAAAAAGCCUUGGCGGUGCAAAUUCCAAGCUUCCAGCGAGGGCGGGAGAAUCUCCUCCGGGCUGCCAGUGGUAACAAGCAGCAAAAAAGAGUAAACUUUCGAACGCGCUGCCUCCUCGGCGGCGGCGCGUGGCGAGGCCGCGCCCGACCGCCCACUUCCCGGGCCGCGUGUCCCAGCGGCCUCGGAGCGCCGCGUGGGCUCGCGAACGCCGGGCACCGGGUCGCCGAGUCCUCUCGGGUGGGGCGGGGGAGGGGCGGGCACGAGGUGCGGCGCAGGCGCAGUGCGCGCCUCGGUUGUCAAACAUGGCUGAAGCGCCGCUGCUACCGCUACAGCCGCUCAAGGGAAAAUGCUGAGCUCGCCCGGGCCUGGUGGGCGGCGGCGGCGAGGGCGGCGACGGGAACCCGCUUCCCGGGCGCGGCGGCGGCGGUCAUGGCUCGGCUGGCCGACUACUUCAUUGUGGUAGGCUACGACCACGAGAAGCCAGGGCCAGGAGGAGGUCUGGGGAAAAUAAUUCAGAGAUUCCCACAGCAGGACUGGGAUGACACGCCUUUCCCACAGGGAAUUGAAUUGGUUUGUCAGCCUGGUGGAUGGCAUCUGUCCAGAGAGCGGAAACAGCCAACAUUCUUUGUGGUGGUCCUAACGGAUAUCGACUCAGAUCGACAUUACUGCUCAUGCCUAACCUUCUACGAGGCAGAGAUCAAUCUCCAGGGAACAAAGAAGGAAGAUAUUGAAGGUGAAGAAGUGUCUGCUUUAAUUCAACCUGCAGAAGUAUUUGCUCCCAAAAGCCUCGUCUUAGUAUCCAGAUUAGACUACCCAGAAAUUUUUAGGGCUUGCUUGGGUUUGAUCUAUACAGUGUACGUGGACAGCCUGAGUGUCUCUUUGGAAAGUCUCAUUGCAAAUCUUUGUGCUUGCCUUGUCCCAGCUGCUGGAGGAUCUCAGAAGCUAUUUUCCUUGGGUGCAGGAGACAGACAGCUGAUCCAGACUCCUUUACAUGACAGUCUUCCUGUCACAGGCACUAGUGUGGCUCUUUUAUUUCAGCAAUUAGGAAUUCAAAAUGUCCUCAACCUCUUUUGUGCAGUCCUUACAGAAAAUAAAGUUCUCUUCCAUUCAGCAAGUUUCCAGAGACUUAGUGAUGCCUGUCGAGCCCUGGAGUCUUUAAUGUUUCCUCUUAAAUACAGUUACCCUUACAUUCCCAUUCUUCCGGCUCAGCUGCUAGAAGUUUUGAGUUCUCCAACUCCUUUCAUAAUUGGCGUACACUCCAUCUUUAAGACUGAUGUUCAUGAACUUUUAGAUGUAAUCAUAGCAGAUUUGGAUGGAGGCACUAUUAAAAUUCCUGAAUGCAUUCACCUCUCCUCUCUCCCGGAACCACUUCUUCAUCAGACUCAAGCAGCACUUUCAUUGAUUUUGCACCCUGAUCUGGAAGUAGCAGAUCAUGCUUUCCCUCCUCCACGAACAGCCUUAUCCCAUUCAAAAAUGCUGGAUAAAGAAGUACGAGCAGUUUUCCUUAGGUUGUUUGCACAACUGUUCCAAGGAUAUAGGUCAUGCCUCCAGCUUAUACGAAUCCAUGCUGAGCCUGUGAUACAUUUCCAUAAAACAGCUUUCUUGGGGCAGCGUGGUUUGGUUGAGAAUGAUUUCCUCACUAAAGUGCUCAAUGGAAUGGCAUUUGCAGGCUUUGUUUCAGAAAGAGGACCUCCAUUUAGAGCCUGUGAUCUCUUUGAUGAGUUGGUAGCUUUUGAAGUAGAGAGAAUUAAAGUUGAAGAAAACAACCCAAUGAAGAUGAUAAAGCACAUCAGAGAACUUGCUGAGCAGCUAUUCAAAAAUGAGAAUCCAAACCCUCAUAUGGCAUUCCAGAAAGUUCCACGCCCAACAGAAGGAUCCCACUUGAGAGUUCAUAUUCUUCCUUUCCCGAAGAUUAAUGAAGCCCGGGUUCAGGAACUAAUACAAGAAAAUCUUGCUAAGAACCAGAAUGCACCUCCUGCCACACGAAUAGAAAAGAAAUGUGUGGUGCCAGCAGGUCCACCUGUUGUUUCGAUAAUGGAUAAAGUGAUAACAGUUUUCAAUAGUGCACAGAGACUGGAAGUUGUUAGAAACUGCAUCUCAUUCAUAUUUGAAAAUAAAACUUUGGAGACUGAGAAGACCCUUCCUGCUGCCUUGAGGGCCCUUAAAGGAAAAGCAGCAAGACAGUGUCUCACUGAGGAAUUGGGUUUGCAUGUCCAGCAGAACCGGGCGAUAUUGGAUCAUCAGCAGUUUGACUACAUAAUAAGAAUGAUGAAUUGUACUCUGCAGGAUUGUUCAAGUUUAGAAGAAUAUAACAUUGCUGCAGCACUACUCCCUCUGACCAGUGCUUUCUAUAGGAAACUUGCCCCUGGAGUCAGCCAGUUUGCCUACACCUGUGUUCAAGACCACCCCAUUUGGACAAAUCAGCAGUUCUGGGAGACAACUUUUUACAGUGCAGUACAAGAGCAGGUUCGCUCCCUGUAUCUCACAGCAAAGGAGGACAAUCAUGCCCCACAUCUGAAGCAGAAGCUUCCCAAUGGCCAACAUCAAGAGAAGACAGCAAUGGACUUGGCAGCCGAGCAGCUUCGCCUUUGGCCUACUCUGAGCAAGUCAACUCAGCAGGAGCUGGUACAACAUGAAGAAAGCACUGUCUUCAGUCAAGCCAUUCACUUUGCAAACCUAAUGGUUAACCUGCUAGUCCCACUAGACACAAGUAAAAACAAGCUCCUUCGAGCAUCAGCUCCAGGAGACUGGGAAAGUGGGAGCAACAGCAUUGUCACAAACAGUAUUGCAGGAAGUGUAGCCGAGAGCUAUGAUACAGAGAGUGGGUUUGAAGACUCAGAAAAUAAUGAUGUUGCCAACUCCGUUGUAAGGUUCAUUGCCCGAUUUAUUGACAAGGUUUGCACAGAGAGUGGAGUGACUCAGGACCACAUCAGGAGUCUCCACUGCAUGAUACCAGGAAUUGUAGCUAUGCACAUUGAGACCCUAGAGGCAGUGCACCGAGAGAGUAGAAGACUUCCACCUAUCCAGAAGCCCAAGAUUCUUCGGCCAGCUCUCCUGCCAGGAGAAGAGAUUAUAUGUGAAGGUCUCCGGGUCCUGCUAGACCCUGAUGGUCGGGAAGAAGCCACAGGAGGUCUCCUCGGAGGUCCGCAGCUCCUGCCUGCAGAAGGCGCCUUGUUCCUCACCACAUACAGAAUUCUCUUCAGAGGGACUCCACAUGAUCAGCUAGUUGGUGAACAAACAGUUGUGCGGAGUUUUCCCAUUGCCUCCAUCACCAAGGAGAAGAAGAUAACCAUGCAGAACCAGCUACAGCAGAACAUGCAAGAAGGGCUGCAGAUUACAUCAGCAUCUUUCCAGUUGAUUAAGGUAGCAUUUGAUGAAGAAGUCAGUCCAGAAGUGGUAGACAUCUUUAAGAAACAGCUAAUGAAGUUCCGUUAUCCUCAGUCCAUUUUUAGUACCUUUGCUUUUGCUGCUGGACAGACUACUCCACAAAUCAUUUUACCUAAGCAGAAAGAAAAGAACACAUCCUUCCGAACUUUCUCAAAAACAAUUGUAAAGGGUGCCAAAAAAGCAGGAAAAAUGACAAUUGGGAGACAGUAUUUAUUGAAAAAGAGGACAGGAACGAUUGUGGAAGAGAGAGUAAAUCGUCCUGGGUGGAAUGAAGAAGAUGACAUUUCUGUUUCAGAUGAUAGUGAACUUCCAACAAGUACAACCCUGAAGGCCUCAGAGAAAUCCACAAUGGAACAGUUGGUGGAAAAAGCGUGUUUCAGAGAUUAUCAGCGCUUAGGUUUGGGAACCAUAAGUGGCAACUCCUCCCGUUCAAAACCAGAGUAUUUCCGAAUCACUGCCUCUAACCGGCUGUAUUCACUAUGCAGGAGCUAUCCUGGCCUUUUAGUCAUACCUCAAGCUGUACAAGACAGCAGUUUACCGAGAGUAGCCCGCUGCUAUCGACACAACCGCCUACCCGUCGUGUGCUGGAAGAACUCAAGAAGUGGUACUCUGCUCCUCCGAUCUGGGGGAUUCCAUGGCAAGGGAGUUGUUGGUCUUUUCAAAUCACAGAACUCCCCUCAAGCUGUUUCUACCUCCUCUUUAGAAUCUUCCAGUAGCAUAGAGCAAGAAAAGUACUUGCAAGCCUUACUGACUGCAGUUACCGUCCAUCAGAAACUCAGAGGCAACAAUACCCUUACUGUCAGGCCAGCACUUGCUCUGUCCCCAGGUGUAUGGGCAAGUCUUCGUUCCAGCACGCGUUUGAUCAGCUCUCCAACAUCCUUCAUCGAUGUUGGUGCCAGGCUGGCAGGCAAGGAUCACUCAGCCUCCUUCCUACAAAACCAGCUCUUAAAACGACAAGCUGCCCUUUAUAUAUUUGGCGAAAAGUCACAACUAAGGAGCUUCAAGGUAGAAUUUGCUUUAAACUGUGAGUUUGUUCCUGUUGAAUUCCAUGAAAUUCGACAAGUGAAAGCCAGUUUUAAGAAGCUGAUGAGGGCUUGUAUCCCGAGCACCAUUCCUACAGACUCGGAAGUGACGUUCCUGAAGGCCCUGGGAGAUUCUGAGUGGUUGCCACAGCUUCACAGGAUAAUGCAGCUGGCUGUGGUUGUAUCAGAAGUACUUGAGAAUGGGUCUUCCGUUUUGGUGUGUCUAGAAGAAGGCUGGGACAUCACUACACAAGUGACAUCCCUGGUGCAGUUACUCAGCGAUCCCUUCUAUAGGACAAUCGAAGGCUUCCGGAUGUUGAUUGAAAAAGAAUGGCUCUCUUUUGGUCAUAAAUUCAGCCAGCGCAGCAGCUUGGCCCUUAACUCUCAGGGCAGUGGUUUUGCUCCCAUCUUCUUGCAAUUCUUAGACUGUGUGCACCAGCCUGUCUCCUUUGUGAUAGUGCGUUCAGAAGCAGGACGUGAGGGGGACAGCUCUGCCGAGACCCUGUCCCACAUUUCCUACAGGCUUGACACGCUUGUCCCUGGUUUUGUUGGCAGAACUUUAUUUGAUGAUAAAGGUGACAAGCAUGCCAAGAAAGGAGUUUGUAUUUGGGAGUGUAUUGACAAGAUGCACAAGCGGAGUCCCGUUUUCUUCAAUUACUUAUACUCACCAGUGGAAAUAGAGGCCCUGAAGCCUAAUGUAAGUGUCUCCAGCCUCAAGAAGUGGGAUUACUACACAGAGGAGACUCUGUCUGCAGGUCCUUCAUACGACUGGAUGAUGCUGACCCCCAAGCAUUUUCCUCCCGAAGAGUUGGAUAUGGCUGGAGGAGCUGGGCCCCAGAGUCAAAGGAGAACAGUGUGGCCAUGCUAUGAUGACAUCAGCUGCAGCCAGCCAGAUGCCCUCACCAGACUUUUCAGUGAAAUUGAAAAAUUGGAGCAUAAAUUGAACCAAACUCCUGAGAAAUGGCACCAGCUAUGGGAAAAAGUAACCAUGGACCUUAAGGAAGAGCCAAGAACAGAUCAUUCCCAAAGACACUCACUGGGGUCCCCAGGACUCGUGUCUACCAACGUGCCUUCCUAUCAGAAGAGGCCUGUGCUGCACCCCCUGGACCGCAGCACUGGCGAGGAUCAAAAUGCCACCAUCUCCCCAUCCAAUGGUGUGGAGCACAGGGCAGCCACGCUUUACAGCCAGUACACAUCCAAGAACGAUGAGAACAGAUCCUUUGAAGGAACACUGUACAAAAGAGGAGCAUUGCUGAAGGGUUGGAAACCCCGUUGGUUUGUUUUAGAUGUAACAAAACAUCAGCUGCGAUACUAUGAUUCGGGGGAAGACACAAGCUGUAAAGGCCACAUUGAUCUGGCUGAAGUAGAAAUGGUUAUCCCUGCUGGCCCCAGCAUGGGAGCCCCAAAGUAUACAAGUGACAAGGCUUUCUUUGAUCUCAAGACCAGCAAGCGUGUGUAUAACUUCUGUGCUCAGGACGGACAGAGUGCCCAGCAAUGGAUGGACAGGAUCCAGAGCUGCAUCUCUGAUGCCUGAUGCCCAUGGCUGGCCAAGCACAAAAGGUAGAGGAGCUCAUCUGCCAGACAGGAGCGGACGGUGGUCAUCCCAGAACUGAGGUUCUGCUUACCCUGUCUCUUAUUGAAGCAAUUGCCUUGUCACACAGGUCUGGUAGGCGCCCAGGCCCCUCACAGCCUCAUCCCAGCUGCGGAUCAGAGGAAGCUCCGAAACCAGCUGCCAUCAUCUCCUAGGCAAGGUAGCUACUGCCUGAGUCCUCGUAAAGGUCCUUUUUGUUCUCCAAGGUCAUAAUUUCCUUCCAGAACUUUUGACAACAAAAAUCCAAAGCCUCCAAAGGUCAUAGAAUGUCCUGCAUGUGUUUUCCAUCUGACACACCUACUUUUAUGCCUAACCUUUGAAAUACUCACCUCCCUGGUGCUGCCAAAAGGUGCUUUCAUGGUCCCUGCCCUGCCUUGGAGCUUCACUGCGGGGGACAUCACCACUCAAUGACAGGCUAAGAAGGAGUGCACAGGAUUCUGAUGGGAAAAGCAACAGUGGGCCUGGGCCAGUGCAGACAACACUGCAUCAAACCGCUGGUCUCCGAGGACCCUGUGCCUAUGUCCCGUGUCCUCUCCUAUUCCUCGACAGCUUUCUGUGAAGUGACAAGCAGCAGCAUGUAUGACCCACAGAACACGGGAGCAAGUUGGAGACUGAGGCCAGCUGCUCACCAGCACGCACCUGGGACAAAGCUACAUAACCAGCCAGCACUGCUCUGAGAAGUAAGAACUGCUCUUACACUCUCUCAGUUACAAUAACCUUGUCCUUUAGCUUAAAACUCAAGGAUGCAGUUCACCUCUAUGAGCCUGAGCAGCCGCUGCAGCCGCUUGGUCUCUGAUGGCUUGAUGGAUGUGUUUGUUUUGAAAUGUUAAUAUGUUAAAUACCAAACUAAUAUUUCAAAAUAUGUAUAUAUGAUUUCUAUAUGCUGAUUUUUCAGGUAGCCUGCUUAUAAUUUAAUAGAAAAAUAGCUAAACUGAUAAGAUUUUAGAAAUAAAAGAUUGUUUCCUUUUUAAAGAAUAAAAACUACUUUGUAGAUUAAAAAUAAAUCAGAUUUUCAAAUUAAAAAUUAUCAACACACUAGAAAAUAGAACUGUAUUAAUAUAUAAGAAAUUGGGAAAUAAAAAUGAAGGAAUUUUUAUCA